AUAAGAUAAAGAGAGAUGGAUGCCGCAGCAAUAGCAUGCGAUGAAUUUCCGCCUUAAUUGAAAGGAGAUGGAGAAGAUGCGCCGCCCCUGCCCCUGCCCCUGCCCCGCAGGUGAUGUGGAUGCCGCGACCACUGCACCGCCGUCUCCGGGACCAUGGGCCGAACUUCCGGUCGGGAUAUUGGCCAAAAUUCUCUGGCGAAUCAAUCCCGACACCGAUUUGACCAACUUCACCUCCGUCUGCAAGGCGUGGCGCGCUGCCGCCGCGGACGACCUGCUGCCUCUCAAGCAUCAGAUGCCGCGGCUGCUCCUCACCGAGGAGGACUACCCCGGAUCGGCCGGGCACACCCGCAGCUUCUACAGCUUGUCGGAGGACAAGAUCCACGAGCUGCCCCUCCCGGAGGCCUGCCGCCGACGGUGCGUAGGAUCCGCGGACGGCUGGCUCGUGACACUCGGAGAGGCCCUCGAGGGCGAGGAGAUGCACAUUCUCAAUCCGAUAUCGAGAAUCCGGAUCCCUCUCCCUUCGCAGUCCACGCUUUUACUGCCGCCCGAAGAUUACACGUUUCCAGAAGAACUGAUAGCACAAAACCAGACAGCGGGAGGAAUGUUAGGACCGAACGGAUCAGACGGUGAAGAAGAUCUAUAUGAUAGUGGACAAGAAGACGAUUACGGAGACGACAAUUAUGAUGACGAUUACGAUGAAGACGACGAAGAUUAUGAUGAUGAUGAAGAUGAUGAUGAAGAAAAAGAGGAGGAGGAGGAGGAAGGAGAAACUGAUCAGCAGCGCGCGGUGCGGGAGAGGUAUCAGAGUUUUAUAACAAAGGUGGUCCUAUCCUGCAGCCCCGCGAAGAAGGACUCGGACUGCGUGGCGCUCGCCAUAUACGGAUGGUCGGAUAACAAGCUCGCCUACGCAAGGCCCGGCGACGCUGCGUGGACUAUCUUGAGCUGGGACUGGAAGCAGUUCGCGAACAAGUUGGGCCCGUUCGAGGACGCCGUGUACUACAAGGGGCAGUUCUACGUGAUCAAUCUCCACGGCACGGUCAUGAGAUGCAGCGUCCCUCCCGUCGGAAGCGCCGAAGAGCCCUCAGCGGAGGUGAUCGCCUUCGGGUUCCCUUACGACGAUCUGAUUUGGGGAGAUUCUACGUAUCUAGUCGAACACCAAGGCUCGCUCCUGCAGGUGUUACGAAAGCGGCGGGCUUCGAAGAAGACCAGACCCGAUAAGCCGCUGCCGCAGCACCUGACGUUCGGCUUCCACGUCUUCAGGCUCGACCCGUCCAGCAGCGCGUGGGAGAUGAUAGAGAGCUUAGGAGACGGCGCUCUGUUUCUAGGGAUGAACACCUCCGUCUCCGUCUCGGCUGCCGACCUUCGAUGGUGCAAGGGGGACUGCAUUUACUUUACCGACGGCGACGAGUUGAGCCGCUGGUACGCCAUCUCACUGGGAGGCCGGCUCCUGGGAGGCCGCGGAGCCGGCCGCGACACAGGCUACUGCACCUUGAAAGACUGGGAGGUUCAUUAUCUCGACCAAGUUGCGUCCUACUCUCCCUCUUCCCCUCCUAUUUGGGUUUUGCCAUCUGCUGGUGAAGGUUAAUUUGAAGCCUCAACAAUGAUUCUAAA